UCUCUCUCUCUCUCUCUCGUGUGUUGUAUAUAUAAGAAAAGAGCAGAAGGAAGGAAGGAAGUCAUAAAAUCACAAAAUCAUCAAACAUGGAAAAGGGGCAAGAGGUGAAGCUGCUGGGCUCAUCAGUGAGUCCAUUUGUCUACAGAGUAAGAUGGGCUCUGAAGCUUAAAAACAUCCAAUAUGAGUACUUAGAACAAGACGUUUUCAACAAGAGCAAUCUUCUCCUCACCUGCAAUCCCAUCUUUAGAAAAGUCCCCGUCCUGCUUCACAACGACAAACCUAUAUGUGAGUCCCUCAUCAUCAUUGAGUACAUCGACCACAUCUGGAAACACAACCCUAUAUUGCCUGAGGACCCUUAUGAGAGAGCCAAGGCUCGUUUCUGGGCUAAGUUUGUUGAAGAAAAGUUCACUGAAGUGGUAAAGAAGGUGCUAUUGCUUGAUGGAGAACAACAAGAGAUGGAAGUGAAGAAUGCAAAAGAAGCCCUAGAAAUCGUUGAAGGAGAGCUCAAGGGAAAGAAGUUCUUUGGAGGUGAAACCAUUGGUUACUUGGACCUGGUCAUGGGUUUUAUAGCCAUAGGGCUAGACAUAAUUGAAGAAGUUUCUUGUGUCAAAAUGGUUGACUCACUCAAGUAUCCUUCUUUCAUCAAAUGGAUGGAGGACUUCCUAGAGUUGCCAUUGAUCAAAGAAUGCUCACCAAAUAGAGAUGAGUUGGUGCUAUAUUUCCGAAAGAUCAGACAGCUUAAACUGGCUUUGGCUGCCAAGAAAUGAAAGAACAAAAAUCAAUUAUAGAAUUAGAUGCAACUCUCAUAAAUGGGUGUAGGACUCACAAAAAAUAAAAAACCCAUCUCAUGCGAGAAGAUUGUACAUGAUUUUGUAAUCAGUUUCUGUAUUAUUAUAUUUUUAUUGUUUUUGAGGACGCUAUGUUUGGAUCUUGAAGUUUGGGGGGAAUUUGUGAAGGUGUAAAACUUAGUUUAUAUUGCAAUUACCUUUUAAUAA